UUAGUAAAAAGAAUAAUAAUAAUUCAAAAAUUAAUAUUUUUUCUAAUAAAUAAAUCAAAUGAUCAAGUCCAUAGUUUAAUUGAACUUUAUUAAACAUUCAGUCUAUUUUAUUCACCUCAUACUAAAUUAUAGUUUAUUUAUAUGAACUGACUGAAUGUUAUAUUAUUUAUGAAAUUUAUUUUCAAUAUCCUACAUUCGUUUAUUGUAAGUUAGAGAUUUGAAAUAAGGAAUAUCUAGAAAAUUCUAUUAUAAAAAAAUUAAUAAACAGUACACCAUUUGUAUCAUCGUUUGUUUAAAUCGACGCUGAUUAAGUUAAAGUUGUAAUUUAUUAUUUUUUUAUUUAUUUUUAAUACUCAUUACCAUUUCAUUACAUUGUGUUUAUUAAAGUUUUAACGAUAAAAAACAAACAAACAAACCAACAAAAGAUACUUACAAAUCUUGAUUAAUUACAUAUCAUAUCUAUUGUAAAAAUUAAGGAAAUCAUUAUCACUGAAGAAACUAGAAAUAAUCUAUUACUUCAUUUUCAAUGAAUAUGCUGAUCAAUUUGACGUCUUCUUCCUCUUCUCCUUCCUCUUCUUCUUCUUCUUCUUUUUCUUCUUCUUCUUCUAAUGGUUAUAUUAAUGAUGUCAAAUUAAAUGAUAAUGGUGAAGUGAUCUUAAAACGUCGUGAAUAUUCAAAUACUAAAUGUUUAUAUUAUUUAUUUACUAAAUUCUUUCAAAAUACAACUGUUUAUCUAUAUGUUAUGACAUUUUUAUUUUCUGGUUUAUUUUGUUUAUCUAUAUUAUUCAUUAUAUGUUAUAUAAUAAUUAAUAAUUUAAUCAUUCUUAUAUUAAAUACUUUCAAUAUAUAUAUCAUCAAUAAUUAUAAAUUAUCAAUAAUCAAUAUAAAUUCAAUAAAUGAAUUUCAAUAUUCAAUUAUUAUUAUUUUAUUUAUUCUAUAUAUAAUUUAUUGGUUAUGGGAUUGGAAUUCAGAAAAUCAUGGUGGACAUCCAAAACAAUUUAUACGUUAUUUAAAAAUAUGGGAAUAUUUAGCAGAUUAUUUUCCAAUACAUUUAGUAAUUAGUAAAGAAUUUAUUAAAUUUAAUAAAAUUCAUAAUCAUCAUAUUAAACAUUAUUCUUAUUUUAUAAAUUCUAUUAUGAAUAAUGAAGAUUAUAAAAAUGAUAAUGAUUUUGAUAAUGAAUUAAUGAAAGAAAAUUUAUCUAUGAAUGUUAAUUAUUUGGUUGGAUUUCAUCCACAUGGAAUACUUGCUACAGGAGCAUUUAUUAAUUUUGCUACAGAAGCUACUGGUUUUUCAAAAGUAUUUCCUAGAUUUAAGCCAUAUUUAGCUAUAUUAAAAGCUCAUUUUAUAGCACCAUUUUAUCGAGAUUUUCUAAUGUUAUUCGGAAUGAUUGCUGCUACUAAGAAAGGAUUACAUUACCUUUUGGAUAAGAAUAGUUGCAAACAAACAGGGAAUUUUGUCGUUGUCGUUCUUGGUGGGGCUUCCGAAGCCUUAGAUUCAAGACCUGGAACAUAUGUGAUACACAUUAAUCAACGUUUUGGUUUUUUCAAGUUGGCCUUACAAACUGGAUCAUAUUUGGUACCGUGUAUAUCAUUUGGUGAACAAAGCUUAUAUCAUCAAGUUCCAAAUGAAAAAGGAUCAUGGAUACGAUGGCUACAGGAUAAAUUUACGUCGAUUUUUACCGUCGCGCUGCCUAUUUUCUAUGCUCGUGGUCCUUUUCCGUAUCGUAAACCAGUUUAUACUGUAGUUGGUGCUCCAAUUCAAUGCGAAAAAAUAAAUGAACCCACAGACGAACAGGUCGCACAUAUUAAACAAAUUUAUAUAGAAAAACUCCAAACACUAUUUGAAGAUUACAAGGUAAUUUAUGAUCCAGAAGCUAAUGAUAUUGAAUUUGUAUAAAUGAAAAACUUAUGUAUUUUUGAUUCAUUUAUCAAACUAUCGUAAUCAUGUAUUGAAGCAUUGAAUGGAAAAAGUUAGGAAUCACUAUUUCUUGAAUAGUAAAUUUUUAAAGAUCACGAUUGAAUUGUAUCUUUAUUGGAAAUUUUCUCUUAGUUAACUACAAUACUUACUAAAAGUGUUUAUCAUCUUUUAAAAUCGUAGUAGAGGAAAUGUUACAUAGACAAAAUAGCCACUUUAUAAAAUAUUGGGAAGCUCAUCUAUAUUAUAUGUGUUUCAAGUACUAUUGUUUCUCUACACCAACCAAUAAUAACAAUGAUUAUCUUUCACAUAUUUUUAUUAUCAUACAAAUUCAUUACAAUACUUCCUUCAUGAUCGUAAUAGUCAUGGUAUAAGUGAUUUGUUU